GGCGUGUUGUGCUUCCUGGGUCAGAUGCUGCGUGAUCCUGUCAGGUGCGACUCCCUCGGCUGCUGCCCCCCUGAGAGAUAGGAAGUGCCCUGAAUCUCCGCUGUCUUAUCCCUGCACUUGGAGGCCCUGGAUCUUCACCGAGGUGGACCUCACCAUGAAGCAGCCUUGGGCCCUGCAGUCGUUCGCUCCGGAAGACCUGGAAGCUGAACAGUUGCAUGGAUGAUGAGUAAGAACAGGGAGGAGAAUUCUCAGAAAGCUGGCCCCAAAACGGCAGCAUCCCAGAGUUCUAAGUGGGGAGAGACCGUCCUGAUUUGCUCUCUGCGCAGAUCAGUGAGGCAAAGGAAGGCACAGGAGAGGCCUGCUCAAUGUUAUGAAGGUUCUAAGACUUGGAAGGAAAAAAUUGGAAAUGAAAACACAGGAGCUCUUUGUGGGAAAAGCAACCGACAACAUCUGGGACACCAAACACAUGAUAGAAUCAACUUGGAUGGGAACCUUUUGAAGUGCCUUGACUGUGGGAAGGGACUUUUGAAUCCAUCAGCUUUCAGAAGGCAUAAGAAAUUCCACACAGGAGAGAAACCCUUUAAAUGCUCUGACUGUGGGAAAAGCUUCAUGGAAAGCAACCACCUCAUUCAGCAUCAGAGAAUCCAUACUGGAGAGAAACCCUAUGCAUGCUCGGACUGUGGGAAAGAAUUUACCCAGAUCUCGCACUUAAUUCACCACCGCAGAAGCCACACGGGAGAGAAGCCUUAUGGCUGCCCCGAAUGUGCAAAGAGCUUCAGUUUUAAGUCGGCUCUGGUACGGCAUCAUAGGAUCCACACGGGAGAGAAGCCAUAUGAAUGCCCUGAUUGUGGGAAGUGCUUCAAUGUCAGCUCCCACCUGGCACGUCACCAGAGGAUGCAUCUCAAGGAGGCAACUCUGGCGGCAGUGGAAAGCUUGAGGGGCAGUGCGGCCCUUGUUAGAUGCCACAGGACACAGAGGUUGCACCACUGCACAGACUGUGGGAAAGGCUUUUUCUGCAAUAGAGAUCUUGUAAGACAUCAGAGAAAAAUCCACAAAGGAGGAGGGAGAUCUGGGAAAGCUUCAACCACAAAUCCAACCAUAUGAGACAUCAGUGCAUCGAGGCACAUACCUUAUAGUGCUAAAUAUCCAGAGCUGAGAAAUGUUCUGCUGCUCUGUAAUAGACUUAUGAGAAUGCUGCAUGCAGAGAUAAAGAGAUCCUGUUGCACUCAUCGAAUUGUGCAGCUGGAAAUGCCUGCGUUCUGCAGUUGAAAUAAAUGAUAUAAUUUAUUAUUAUUGUCAGAAGUGUACUUUAAAAAAAUAAAGAAUAUUUAUUGAAAGAAA